AUGGCUACGCUGAUCCCUCCUCCGUCCAAGAAGCAGAAGCGGGAGGCCCAACUUCCGCGCGAAGUUGACUUGGUUCCUACAGACCUUCCCGAUGUUCUGAUCAAGUUCCAGGCGUCCGAUUCGGGCGAGAAUGUCGGUAGUUCCGUGAGAGUGCCCGGCGGGAUCUCUGAAAAACAGCUCGAGGAGUUGCUCAAUCAGCUCCAGAACAACAAGGACGAGCCCGUUGCAUACUCCUUUGCCGUCCAGAACGGUUCUGAUCUCAUAGACGUGAAGGAUAAUAUCUAUUUCUCGGUGUUGAAGCCAGGAAUAAAAACUACCGAAGAUACACUCACUUUAGUUUUCACCCCGCGAGCAGUCUUCAAGGUGCGGCCUGUGACGAGAUCUUCGGGCACUAUCAGUGGACACGGUGCCACUAUCCUUGCUGCACAGUUCCCGCCCAACACAAGCUCCUAUUUCGUCACGGGAGCAGGCGAUUCCACUGCCCGACUCUGGGAUUGCAACACCCAGACCAUCAAGACGACUUUGAGCGGCCAUUCGAACUGGGUAUUAUGUGUUUCGUACUCUCCGUUCGGUGAUGUUGUUGCCACUGGAUCGAUGGAUGGCAGUGUUCGUCUUUGGGAAGGGAAAUCCGGCUCGCAGAUCGGAACUCUUUCUGGCCACUCCAAGUUUGUUUCUUCCUUGGCCUGGGAACCUGCGCAUUUGGUUUCUCCGGGCGACUCUCCUCGUUUGGCGUCUGCAUCGAAAGACGGAACCGUUCGUAUUUGGAACACUGCCUUGCAACGCUGCGAAAUGACGCUCUCUGGACACGCUUCGUCUGUCUCGUGUAUAAGAUGGGGCGGAACCAACCUGCUAUACUCUGGGUCCCACGAUAAGACUAUCAAGAUCUGGGACCCUAAGGAGGGAAGAUGCAUUCAAACACUCAAAGCACACGGACACUGGAUCAACCACAUUGCUCUCUCGACCGAUUUUGCGCUCAGAUCCGGUCCGUUCGAUCACACGGGAGCAAAACCAAAGGACGACACAGAAAGACAGAAAAAGGCGCUUGCUAACUAUGAGAAAGUGGCCAAGGUGGGCGGCAAGAUUACUGAGAGAAUGGUCACCGCCAGUGACGACUUCACGAUGUUCCUGUGGGAGCCAGCCCGGUCGCCUAAACCAAUCUGCAGAAUGACCGGCCACCAAAAACUGGUCAAUCACGUGUCGUUCUCUCCCGACGGUCGCUACGUCACAUCUGCGUCUUUUGACAACUCCAUCAAGCUUUGGGACGGCCGCGACGGCAAGUUUCUGGCCACAUUCCGCGGUCAUGUGGCCGCCGUGUACCAAACGGCCUGGUCCUCCGAUAAUAGACUCCUGGUCAGCUGCUCCAAAGAUACAACGCUCAAGGUCUGGGACGUGCGCACAAAGAAACUCGUUUCAGACCUUCCCGGCCACUCGGACGAGGUCUACGCGGUCGACUGGAGUUUGGACGGUGCCCGUGUGGUGAGUGGUGGUAAGGAUAAAAUGGUGCGUAUCUGGACUCAUUGA